AUGACCUUGAUUGUGUUGUUGACUGGCCGUGGGUGGGUGGGUGUGGUCGCAGAGGUGGGAUUGAAGAUGCAGAUGCAGAAAUACGGGGAACAAGAAGACGAUAUUGAUCUGGCGUGGAUUGAGAAAGAGGCGUGGACAAGAACGAACGAGCAAGAACUGCAAAAGCAGAUUGGCAGAGCUGGAGCUAGGACACCGCUUUACCCCUUUGAUGGUGUUUCUGCAAAGAAUCAGACUCGAUCAAAUUUACCAAAAUGCACACAAAAGCGCAAGUCUGGCAAGGUUGAACAAAUGCAAUAG